CCCCGCGCUCUGCAGCAGGCCUGCCCGAUGGCCGACGUGUUCGUGUACGGGACCCUGAAGCGAGGCCAGCCCAACCACCAGGUCCUGCUGGACGCCACCCACGGCUGCGCCACCUUCCGGGGCCGGGGCCGCACGGUGCAGCCGUGCCCCUUGGUGAUCGCCGGGCAGCAUAACAUUCCGCGGCUGCUGAACCUGCCGGGGCGCGGCCACCGCGUGUCCGGGGAGAUCUACACUGUGGACGAGCGGAUGCUGCGCUUCCUCGACGAGUUCGAAGGCUGCCCCGACCUGUACCAGCGCGUGCGGGUGAGCGUCGGGGUGCUCGAGCGGGAGGGCGCCUCCGAGGAGCCCCCCGCCGCCGCCGAAAGGCGCCUGCAGUGCUUCGUGUACAUCACGGCCACCUACCCGCCCGCGUGGGCCCAGCUCCCGCACCUCGACAAUUACGACGCGCAGGGGGCGCACGGGCUCCCCUAUCAUCCACGGGAAAACAGAUAAAAGCCCAAGGAAGGCUCCCUAGCCAGGGGACACACAGAGCCCCGAGGAUAAGAUCAUCCCAGCGUGGUCUGCACGCACUGAAUGCAGAAGCCCAAUGAUGUCCUUGGAAACAAAUAUUUGUAAAACUCCAUCUGUGGGAAAAGAAAGACUUUCUUUUACUGUCAUCCAAUUUCCUAGAUAAUGUUGACAUACCAAUAACAAGAUUGUGCCCUUAAACCUAUCCAUCCCAUACUGCUUGAUUGCUUGCUGCUUAAAGAGCAUUCGGUUUUUUAAUGUACUGGGUAAGACAAAUUUAGGAUUUUAAUUCCCCUAGAUGGCAUUUCAGGAACUCAUAUGUUAUCAUACUUUUCUUGCUUCUCUGUCUGCUUUGCUUUAAUCUGAAGAUGACAUUUAAAAUGAAAGUGAAGACCUUGUGUUGCGGCUAGAUUUUAGCAGCCCUCCUCUAUUGAUUCUGACCUGUAUAGCACCAAGAAAAAAAAAAUGCUAAGCUGAUCUUGGGUGUCUCCGUGUAAUAAAUAAUAAAAGAAACUCAAGAAAAGCAUGCUGCAUUUUAGAGUAGUUUUGGAGGACAUACAACAUUUUUCUUCACAAUUUUCAGAUCAAGCUUAUUAAAGAGACUAUUAAAGAUGAU